AUGGAAGAGAGCACUGUUGCCGUGCAAAUACAAGAUGUUCCUCCCAGCUAUAUCAAGUUAGAUAAAAAUGAAAAAUUUGUGUACAUUACAAGUGAAACCAACGGUGUUCCUCAUCGAAUAGCGGCUAUAAUUUCAUACCCAGAAAGAAGAGAUUUGUCGAACGUCAAUAUAGAAGAUGGAAAAUCUCAGCGCAAGAGCAAUGAGUUGGCAUUACUGUUACACGGGAGUCAGUCUCACAAAAACGCUAUUUAUCAGGCUUCUUUGGCAAAGAGUCUAGUCCAAUCUGCACGUUGGGUACUAAGAAUCGAUUUCAGAGGACAGGGAGAUUCGUCAGAUAACUACGACCCAGCCAUCGGUAGGACACUCGAUCAAGAUUUAGAGGAUCUGAAUACGGUUUACCAAACAAUACUCGAUAGAUCUCUCAGAGAACAGUUAUACAACACCGACACUAUUUCGCUGGAUGUGAUUGUAGCACAUUCUAGAGGUUCACUUGCCAUGUUUAAAUUCUGUCUAGAUUUGCUUUCAAAGGCGUUCCCAUUGCCUUCUCAUUUGAUUAACUGUGCCGGAAGAUAUGACGGAAGAGGACUUAUUGAACGGUGCACAAGGCUGCACCCAAGUUGGGAGAAAGAUGGAGGGUUCUGGGCAAAUGGUGCACGGUAUGGCGAAUAUAAGGACUUUUGGAUCCCAUCGAGCGAAACUUGUAGUAUCGCCAAUGUUUGUGUCCCAGAAUUUUCCGCAACACCGCCAACUUGCUCGAUCAUGUCCUGUUAUGGCACCUGCGAUCACAUAGUGCCAGUUAGCGCAGCCUCGCAGUAUGCGGAACUUUUCAAGGGCAGACACUCCUUGAGAUUUAUCGAGAAUGCGGAUCACAAUUAUUACGGUAUUGAAGGUGAUCCAAAUGUGCUGAACCUACCGAUAAGAAGGGGCAGGGUCAAUUAUUCACCAUUAGUUGUCGAUUUAAUCAUGGAGUACCUGAAGAAUACAUAG